GUCCGGACCGUCUUCUCACCCCUCCUGCGCCCUCUCUAUCUCUUCACCUUCGUCCCGUCGUCCCCACCGCUUUCCACCGCUUUCCAGGACAGUCUUUUAAGGCCUCACGAGGCAAAGAGCCACUUGCGCAGUUGCGGGGCCUAUUUUGAUAUUCUAUCUCCCGUUGAGAAGAUUUCAUUUGUAAAACACCAUUCUGGGAGCCUAGGGCCUCGUUUGCUCUUAUCACAAUGUGGUCCUGGUUUGGAGGCGCUGCGGCCCAGAAGCGAAAGGAUGCACCUAAGAACGCUAUCCUGCUGCUCCGGGAGCAGUUGGAUAUGUUGCAAAAGCGGGAGAAGCACUUGGAGAACCAAAUGACAGAGCAGGAGGCUAUCGCUAGGAAGAACGUGACAACAAAUAAAAAUGCUGCAAAGGCCGCCCUUCGACGGAAAAAGGUCCAUGAGAAAAACUACCAGCAGACACAGGACCAGAUCGGCCAGCUUGAACAGCAGAUUUAUGCGAUCGAAGCGGCGAAUAUCAACUACGAGACCCUCAACGCGAUGAAGGCGGCCGGUGCAGCUAUGGAGAAGAUUCACAACGGCAUGACAAUCGACAAGGUCGACGAAACAAUGGACAAACUCCGGGAACAGCAACAACUCAGCAACGAUAUCGCAGAGGUUAUCUCCAGCAAUCCUCUGGUCGAACAACCCGACGAGGACGAGCUGGAGGAAGAACUCGAGGGUCUGGAGCAGGAAGCUAUGGACGAGCGCAUGCUCCACACCGGCACAGUACCAGUUGCGGAUCAACUGAACCGGCUUCCUGCUCCCAUCAACGCAGAACCUUCCAAAGGAAAACAAACAGAGGAAGAAGACGAGGAAGCAGAGCUGGAAAAACUGCGUGCGGAAAUGGCCAUGUAGUAGCUAUCUAUCUAUACCCAUGGCCGGGCAUAGCCUUGUCAGAUCUCGUAUUCCAUUUCCUUCUUUCUCCAUCCCUCAAUGAUCAUCUCUGACUUCCUACCUACCUUCCCACUUACGUGCAUACAUGAUGGAAUGAACCUCUUCUGAUACUCUGCACUCUGUGCAACCAGUGUCUUCCUCGCUUUUUUUCCCUUUUUUAUUUCUAAUUUUUCUCACCAUCGGGGCGGAAUCCGGCGAAACUUCUUUUCUG